AUGGGAUUUGGCUUGCAAGAAAGAUGGGUUAGUGGAAGAAAGCAUAGAAAGAGUAGAAAGAGCAAGGAAAUGCAAAGACAGCAUCCACGUGGCGCAACAGAUUUGCAAAGGAGCAUUCUGGAAAUGUCUAAGUUUAAAGUUAUUUUCUACACAAGGGGCAAGUUUGUAAAAGACCCUGAACUGAAAUACGAUGGUGGGGACAUGUAUGCUUUUAGUGGUCAAGAUAGUGACUAUUGGUCUUUCUUUGAGGCCUGUGAUUUAGUUAAGAGUAUUGACCCUGAAUUUGAUGUUGAGAUGGUUAAGAUGUGGUGGAAACAUGAAGCAGGAUCAUUUGAAGCUGAUUUAAAUCCAUUCAGAGAUGAUGGAGAUUCUGCUGAGUUGGCUGCUUAUGCUGUUGGUCAUGGAGCUGAAGUUGAGAUAUAUUGUGAGCCAAAACCAGAUGAAGGAGAGCUGACUUUUAUGGAAUCUGUUAGGCAAAAAGGGAAGGGUAAGGCUUGUGCAUCAGAGAAGGAACCAUUACAUGAAUGCAGUGGAGAUUCAAGUGAUGAGAGUAUCAAGGAUGUACACUUUGAUGACAGUGAGGAAGAAAGGAUGAAUGGGUUUGAAGAUGACUUUGAGGAACUAGUGGGUGUAGGUAAAACUAGUGAAGUCAGGAGUCCACCUGUUACAAACAAUGCUGUCCCUAAUGAAACAGACAAUAACAUAUUUAUUACAGAUGAGAUGGGCAAGGCACAUGUAAUUGAGGAGGAAUACAUGACAGAUGAAUUGGACAGUGGAGCUGAUGAUGAUAGUGGUGAUGACAGACCAUGUGUUAUAAGGUUCAAUGCAGAAGAAUCUUUCACAAAAGAUUUUGUUUUUAAAGUUGGAAUGGAGUUUCGUUCACUUAAGCAGUUUAAAGAUGCUAUACUAGAGCACAAUGUUCUUAAUGGGAGGGAAGUUAAGUUUGUAAAGAAUGAUGCCAAUAGAUGUAGGGUAGUAUGUAAGGAUAAGGAGAAGUGUGAUUACACUGUGCUAUGUAGUAGAGUCCUAACAUCCACUACUUUUAGGAUUAAAACCUUGUAUUCUAAGCACAAGUGUGGAAGACAGUUCUUUAAUAGAUGUGCUAAAGCUGAUUGGGUGGCUAAGGUCAUUGUUGAUGGGUUGAAGAACAACACAAAGAUGAAGUUGAAUGAUGUGGUGGCAGAUGUUAGGCUUAGAUAUGCAACAGAAAUUCCAGGUUGUAGGGCAUUCAAGGCAAGGCAGAUUGCUAGACAGAUUGUGGAAGGGGACUCUAGUCAGCAAUUCAACCUCCUUUGGUCUUAUGGUGCUGAGUUAAGAAGGGCAUCCCCAGGGAAUACAUUCAAACUCAAUACAACAUGUGCUGGUGAAGGGUUAAAUCCAAGAUUUGAGAAGUGUUAUAUGUGUUUUGAUGGGACUAAGAUGGCAUUAAAAAAAGCAUGUAGACCUUUCAUUGGAUUGGAUGGAUGUCACUUGAAGCAUAAAUAUGGUGGAAUUCUGCUCAUUGCUGUAGGAAGAGAUCCAAAUGAUCAGUACUUGCCAAUUGCAUUUGCAGUUGUAGAAAAUGAAUCAAAGGACACUUGGAGCUGGUUCAUGAAGUUGUUGUUGGAAGAUAUUGGUGAUGGAAGAUGGUGUUUUAUCUCUGACCAGCAAAAGGGUCUGGUCAAUGUGUUUGAUGAGGAGUAUCCUUCCUUUGAGCAUAGAUUCUGUUUAAGGCAUCUUUAUGCUAACUUCAAAAAGAAGUUUGGUGGAGGGACAUUGUUUAGGGAUCUAAUGAUGGCUGCUGCUAAGGCAACUUAUUAUGAGGUGUAA